CAAAUCUCGACUUGCUGUUGACCAGCACUAGCUGAAAAAUAUGUAAACAAAACAGAGGAAAAAUCGCAUGAAAAUUAAUGAAAAGCCCGUGAAAAACGCAACUAAACGGGGUUAAAACAAUGUGACACGGUUUCGCAGAGUGUUAGCCAUUAAAUAGAAACUCAAACGUUGUUAAAAAACAGUUAAGGCGACUCCUUUUAACGAUAAAUUCAUAGGAAUCCGAUCGCAAGGCGACGGCAGCAAACUGUUGACCCCGCCGACCCUACCGACCACCACCCCUCUUUGACACGCCCCCCGCGCGAAGUGGGCGCUGUGUGACAUACAUGCGCGUAUGAGUACGCCCCCAAAAACCCAACAAAACCGUGCCGAUUCGUCAUCGAUUUACGGCGGAACCAAGCCAAACAAUGCGACUCCGCUGAAAAUUGGACAAAUUAAAACAGAAAUCUAUAAAAAGCGAGCGCCGCGGCCUUGGAGUAGAAAUUGAUUUGUUUACCUGCCCUGAAAAUGCGCAAUUCAUAGGGCUUACGAAUAAAGAAAAUCAGAAACUCGCACACAACAAAGAGCUAACUAUUUUGGAGUCCGCGGACCUAAGGCAACGGCAACCUUGAGUGUUCGGAAUGGAUGACAAUCUCAGCACCAAGUCCUCGGAAUCCUCGAUAACGACCAGCGGGGAGUAUGAAAUAGUGACCGACAGCAAUGUGGCCAGUCCCAUGGAGCAGGUGAAGCAGGUGGUCAACCAGGAGAGGAUUAAGCCGGAGGAGGGAAGCAAACCACCCACUUCCUUGAGUGCUCUGGCCCUUUCCUCCCCCGAGGCUGGAGGAGAUCGCUCGCCCACGCUGCACAUGGCCCACAAUCGCAACCUGAGCGACAUGCAGCACGAGAUGACGGACGCUCUAAGAGAUCUGGAGCUGGAACGCGGCGUAGCUGCCACUGGGGAGAAGAUCACGCAACGUCUCCCGAGCAACCAGCAAAAGUCCCUAACCUUACCGCUUACGGGCUCCGGCGGGAGGUCUGCCGAUCCCGAGAUGCGUUUCCCCUGCACCCUGUUCUCGCCCAAGAGCGAGGAGACCCUGGACGAUGCCUCCAGUUCGAAUAGAGUGGGCCACUCGGUGUUCUACGACUGCAUAGACGCCAGUCCCGCCUGCGUGGAGGAGAAGCAGGAUGCCAUGAAGCCGGAAAAGGGCGAUACCACCGACGAGGAGGUUUCUGAGAUCGAUCAGGGCUGUACCAUAUUCUCCGGAGUCACUUACCUGGGCGCAGCUAACAUCAAUGCCCCCAAAUCCGAAACGGAGGUCUAUCGCAUCAUGGGCGAGCUGAACAGUGGCUCCAAAUCGGUGGGCCUGAAGAUCACCGUGAGCAUUCCCAAUUGCUCGGAUGGCCUGGUGGUCCUCCACGAUGCGGAGAGCAAUACGAUUAUUGCCACCUACGAGAUAUCCAGCAUUAUCCUUUACUAUCGUGGGCCUGUGGACACGGUGGAGAACGGGUGCUUUGCAUUCACUUGGCUACAUGGGGAUGCUUUAUUUCAGUGCCAUGUAUUUCGGUGCCAUAUUCCCGAGGCGGUCAACCAAGUCAGUGCCUGCUUCCAGAAGGCAUUCCAGACUUAUCCGGCCAGCAUGAGUUGCAGCCUCAACUCGGCCGUGGACAUGGCCAAUUCAGUGACGUCCGAUGUGAGCGGGAAUCCUUUGAACACGGCCGGCUAUGAGUUCAUAGUAUCCUUGGAGAUUCGCGAGAGGGUUGCAAAGAACUCGUAUGCCCCAGUUCCGCGAGAUAGAGGAUGCUUUAAGCUCCGGGCGAACACAGAUAAAGAGGUGUGCAUCACCGUGAAACAGACUCCGUCGAAUAUUCUUCAACCAUUACAUAUCGAACGAUGUUUUGGAGUCCUAGUGGCGCCUGGGAAACUAGUCGUCCAGAAGGACAUGCAUCUGAUUGACAUGCACAACAUGGGUUACCAACCUUCAGGUGGAACAGGAGGAGUAACUACUGAAUCAGACAGCAACUCCCAGCAGAACUCCACCUUACCCUAUACCAUUCGAGCUGAGUGGAAAGCGCAGGAGAAGGCCUUUGAGCAGUUAAAUCUUGAGUCGUCCAAGACCAAUCUCACCGUGGCCGUGGACAUAGUGAUGCGUCGCAUUCUGGAACCAGUUAGGUUCGUCAUCGAGACCCCAGUGACCAUUCAGUCGGCCAGCGAAAUGCGCAUUAUGGAUCACUUCAUGUCAAAACGACCGAUGACGCUACGCUUCUAUUUGCAUCUCAAGCGUACAGACGAGUCUAACUGGAAAGUAAACAGCAUUGAUCCUUCGGAGGAGAUCACGGAGCAGGCGGGCCACCAGCAGAGCUCUUCCUCGCUGCUCAAGAUGGGCAUGAAUAAUUUAUCGCGCAUAGUGCGCAGUUCGUCCAUUGCCUCGAUUGAGGAUGAUUGUCCCUCGGAUUACAGUAGUGAUGGAGAUGAACCGCUGCUGAGUGGCACUGGUGAAGUGUCCAAGGACUGCUCGCAGGACACGCUGGACGAGUGGGAUCCCAUUCUGCGGGAGUGGGACGGCGAGAAGAGGCCCAAGAACUUGGCGCCCUUAGUUCGUCUCGGUGUUCCAGAGGCCCUACGUGAAAAGAUCUGGCAAAAGUUGGCCAACGUCGAAGGCCGACUAGAGACUGGACUGGAGUACAAGAUCCUUAUCACCAAAGAAACCAAGUGUGAGACCGUUAUCCAGCGGGACAUUCAUCGCACUUUUCCGGCGCACAAAUGCUUCAAGGAGACUGGUGGCUCGGGUCAGGACGCUCUUUUCAAGGUGUCCAAGGCGUAUGCGGUGCACGACAGCGAGGUCGGCUAUUGCCAGGGCUUGAGUUUCAUUGCAGCCAGUCUGCUGCUUCAUAUGCCUGAAGAGGAUGCGUUCUGUGUUUUGGUGGCCUUGAUGUACGACUAUGGCCUCCGUGAUCUGUACAAGGCGGGAUUCGAGGUCCUUUAUCUGCGUCUUUACCAACUGGAGCGUUUGAUCAAGGACCAGCUGCCCAAGCUGCACGAGCACUUCACAGCAUGCGGCAUUGAGACACACAUGUACGCCUCCCAGUGGUUCCUAACUUUGUAUACAGCACGCUUCCCGCUGUGCUUCGUGUUCCAUGUGCUGGAUGUUUUUCUGCUGGACGGGCUACCCGUGCUCUUCCAGGUGGCCGUGACCCUUCUGUCAAUCUGCGAAUCAGAUCUGAGGCUGCUUGAUUUUGAGGGAAUUCUUAAGUAUUUCCGGGUGACUUUGCCGAAGAAGUGCCGCAGUUCCAGUCAGGCACGCAAGGUGAUGAAACAGGCCUGCGAGCGUAAAAUCAAAAAACUGAAGCAGUACGAAGAAGAGUUCCUGCUAAAGAAGCAGCACAAAGAGCGUCUCGAGAAAGAGGCCCAGAUCUACGAAAAUCGGUUCGGUGAGGAAAGGCGCAAGAUGCAGUCGGAAAUAGAUGCGCUAAACAAACAGCUAACCUCAGCCAAGGAACGGGCUGUGGAUAAGGAAAAGAAGCACACAGGCAUUAUACAGGAAUACAAGCAGAUAAUACAGCGCCAGGAGCAGGACAUGAACACGCUGAGUGAGACUCUGAGCAAGGUCAUGCACAUGGUUUCCAAUUGCAAGGACUGUCAGCAGAAGAUCGACGCCGGCAACGACAAUGCCAAGUCGGAUGGUGGAAACUCCAGGCGGCAAACAGAUGCCAUGCGGAAUGCCAAUGAGCACCCUCUGGGCCCGCUAGAUCCUCUGAACGCUGCGUCGCAGCGCAUCCGUGAACUGGAGUUGGAGCUUGCGCAGGCCAAACUUGCCCAAGUGGAGGCAGAAUGCAAGAACCAGGACCUGAAUCAUCAGCUCAGCAAUACGCUCAGUGAACUGCAGAGCAACCGCAACAGCUGGCAACCAUGGCUCUCGAAGACCUUCAACUCGCUGCAGGAGAAGGUGACAACCCGUGGCGGCCAUCGGGAUAAUGGCAGUGGCGGACCCACGCCCACAUUCCAAUCCUACAUGGGCCAGGCGCCCACGGCCCUUAGCGAGGCCAGCUCCCCCAGCGGCAAUCAGGAGUACAAGACCUUUGCAUUUGCCUCGGUGGGAGGGUCACCGAAGUUGCCCAGCAAAUUCCAGGCCACCAAGCUGCGCAACAGCAUCGAUAGUCUGCGAAAUAUAGUGGUGCCCCUGGACACUGGCAAAUCGCUCGCCGAGAAUCUCAAGCAACAGCUGCAGCAGUAGGAACAGUGGAGCGGAAUAGAAACAAAUACGGCGUAGGUGGAUCUGGAUAGCAGGCAGUCCUACGGCAAUGACUACGCCUUGGUAUUAUUUAUCAUAUUCGUCUAUAUAUACAUAUACAAAUGUGCAUUUUGAUUUCCAUAUAUACGCGAGUAAUAGACUUUUAUUAUUUUGCACCUUUGAGGCACCCCAAAGUCAGUGCUGUGUCAAGCUGUGUCCUUGAUCACUUACUGGGUUGGAGGGGAUUUCGGAGGACUUGGGCAGUACUUUUUGUUAUGACUUGAUUUGGGGCACAGUUCGACAGGAACUGGCAAAUGCUAC